AUGAAUAAAAGGAUUAAGAAACCUUCACUUAUAGCAUAAUUGUAUUUUGAUUUGAUUCAAGAGAUGGAUAAUAGAGCAUAAUCGACAAUGAUAUAGAUUAGUCAUGAUGCAUCAUUAUAAUUCAAUAUAAUAUAGCUCUUUAAGUCAAUUGAUUAGAUGCGUCAAUAAUUGCAGUCAUAAUUAAAUGAGCAUAUAAAGAAUGACUAUGAAACCAUAAUCUAAAAUUUAGAAGCCUCUGUUAGAAAGCAUAUUAGAACACAAUAUUAACUGAAUCUUCAGAUUGAAAUACUAAAUAGCAAAGUAGAGGAACUGAUGAAAGAUAAAGAAAUCUAAGUCAAAUAAUUUGAGGAAAAAAUACAUAAGCUGUAAUUGCAAUUACAAGAUAAACAUACUGAAAGUACAGGAAAUUUGUAAAAUAAUUUUCUGAAUCAUUUUUCUCAAUUAGAUUUAAACACACAAAAGAAAACACCAUCAGCUUAUGAGAAGAUCAACAAGUUAAUGUCAAACAAGUCUUAAUAGAAUAUACUUAGUACAAAUGGUUUCUUAAAUUAAGAUGAGCGUUCACUUUCUUAAAGAAAAACGUCUUAUCCUUUGAGGAAAUCAAUCGAUACUAAAAUACUACAAUAAGACAAUAAAAAGAGAUAAAUUUGCUUCCAAAAAAGCAGGCUUUAACAAUCUAUUAUAAAACAAGAUUAUUCGUGCUCACAAACUCAGAGAGACGAAUAAGUAAGUGUUGAUCAGAGGAAGACUAAGAAGAUUAUAUUACAAUUAAAAGGGUCAAUCCCUUAGUAUAGUAAUAUUCACUUAACUAGAUCUGGUUUGCAAUUUUGA